AAGGCGUGGUCUCCUAAACUCAUGGCGGCGUUGGUGCGGGCUAGCUGUAUGGGGAUGCGACCGCAGUGUCGCCAGCUCUGGCGUCUGUUCCCUCACGGCCAUGGGCUUUGGGGUCCGGUGGGAAGUCCGUGGCCCCGAGAGGCGCGCUGCUGCCUGGGGAUCCGGGCUUUCAGCGCCGCGCCGCCACCGCCGGGGGCCAAAGGGCCAGAGACCAAGGGCGGCCAAGCCGGGUCACGCCGCAUGAAGCCCGGGCCCGUUUCUUGGAAGUCUUUAGCGUUGACUUUUGCCAUUGGAGGAUCUUUAUUGGCUGGAAUGAAGUACUUCAAGAAAGAAAAGAUCGAACAGCUGGAGAAGCAGCGGCAUCGCAGCAUUGGAAAGCCUUUACUAGGGGGACCGUUUUCCCUCGUAACUCAUGAUGGCGAGCCCAAGACUGACAAGGACUACCUGGGCCAGUGGGUAUUGAUUUAUUUUGGCUUCACUCAUUGCCCUGAUAUCUGUCCAGAAGAACUAGAAAAAAUGAUUCAAGUUGUAGAUGAAAUAGACAGUAUUCCGUCCCUGCCGAAUUUAACUCCACUUUUCAUCACCAUUGACCCAGAAAGGGACACAAAAGAAGCCAUCUCAGCUUAUGUGAAAGAAUUUUCUCCCAAAUUGGUUGGUUUGACUGGUACAAAAGAAGAGAUUGAUGGAGUGGCUAGAGCAUACAGGGUCUAUUACAGCCCUGGCCCUAAGGAUGAAGAUGAGGACUACAUAGUUGAUCAUACAAUAAUAAUGUACUUGGUGGGACCAGAUGGAGAGUUUCUUGAUUACUUUGGCCAAAACAAGAAGGCGGCAGAAAUAGCUGGUUCGAUUGCUGCACACAUGAGGUCACACAAGAAGAGGUAGCUAGAGUGGAGUCACCAGACACAGGACUGCCUUGUUGAAGACUUGGUCUCCCAAAGGAGCCUCUACAACAUGGCUUUCAUAUCCUGAGAUCAUCAUUCUAUUUAAGAUGUUACCGUUGGGCUCACCAACUGAAGUCUGCCCCGUAGCUACCAUAAGUCCAAAGGGCCAUGGUAAGCAGAACAGGCCUCCCAGGGCCGUAGGAAUGGCCCUUGCAGCAGCACUGAUACCCCAACAGCAUCUGGGACCUUGCUCGGACAAAUUGUGGGGCCAGAUUCUACAGCAGCGUAUAAUUUCCACAGUGCUCUUGGUUUUUCAACUUGUGUGCUCGAUGGUUGAUAGUCAAGAUAGACUUCAGGUCAUCUUUAUACUUGAGCGCAGAGUUCGGUCUUCCUUGGAGAGGAGUGUAGCUGUCAGGUUUGCAUUUCGUUCCCUCAGCCACUGCUGCCUGGACGACUGAAUGAGAAAACUUCUGUGUGGACGUAACCGUUGGCUCAAUUCUUGCUUUUGUUAUUUAAAAAACUAAAUGAUUUGGCUGGUUUUCAGUGAUAGACCAAAUGGAAAUGAGGAUAUUAAUUAUGACUGGUCUAGUUUUUUUCAUAUACCAGAUUAUACAGCAUAUAAAAUAAAGAUGUAAUCAAUUUAGCAGCUUA